AUGAAGCCCCAACACGUUUUGACAGCCACCACGGCCGUCUCCAGCCUGUCCACCUCUCUGGGCUCUGCCACCCCCAUCCCCAACAUUGUCUCCAUUCCCGCAGAAUACACAUACCUGCUCCCCGCCGGGUUCCAAGGAAACCUCACUCAAGACUUCAUUCUCACCGACGUCGACGACCCCACAAUCACCGCUCUCCUCUCACAAGCCCAAGUCGCCCCCUUCAUCUCCUACAGCGCAGAAUUCACCAACCUGCUCGGCUCCGCAACACUCGACACCAUCGUCGCCCCCAGCGACACAGACUUCCCGUACUCUUGGGCUGGCGAGGCUGGCAUCUGGCUCCCGGACCUCAACCAAGUCUGGUGCACAGCGACAUACGACCGCCCGGCCUCUCUGUAUAUCAUAUCGUUGGAUACUAACACGGUGACCAAGUUCGAGGGCCCGCUCGCGGGGCCGGCAGGCGGAUACUACUUUAACGGCACUGUCUACCUUGCCCUAACAGGUGACGCGACGGGGCCAGCGGGUGUCGUUGCGAUCGAUCCGCGCACGCACAAGGUCACGCCUGUUGUUAACUCAUACUUUGGACUCGAAUUGCCGCCCGUCGACGAUCUCGUCGUUACCUAUACCGGCGGACAAAAGCACAUGUACUUUACCUCGCUGUCGCUGGACAUCUUCGAUCUGUACAUUGGCCGUGGCGCUGCAGUCCUCCCCAACGCAGUAUGGAGAUUCAGUCCAGAGACCCGCAGUCUUGUACCGAUUAUUCCUCGCGCCGACGUCUUCUCGCCGAAUGGCAUCGCCGCCAAUCGAGAGUUUACGCACCUCUACGUCACUGACUCCUCGGCAACCGCAACCGUCGGCGGCGGCGCAGCCUACAACAUGACAAGCUCACCGGCAAUAUACCGAUAUGACCUCUCCGCCGAGGGGACAGUGAGCAACAAAGUGUUGCUGGGCUUUGCGCGCGAAGGCGUCCCCGACGGCCUCAAAAUAGACGACCAUGGCCGGAUCUGGACAGCCGAGUACGAGGGGAUUGUGGUGCGCAGCCCUGCGGGGCGCGUGCUGGGGGUGUUUAAUAAACAAGUGAUGCUGGGCACCGCGGAGCCGACGAUUGAGAUUACCAAUUUUGCGCUGGCGGGCGAUACGCUGGUUGUUCUGGCGGUGGAUCGCGUGCACACGGUUACCCUGACUGAGACGGUUAUGGAGAAGGGGAGGUUUUCGGUGCCUGGGUUGUAG